GUAUGAAUACAUUGUUUAGAGAUGCAUACUUAACAAUGCUAAACUUGUUCUGAGAUGACCACCCCAAUACUGCUGGAAGGCUCGAACCUGGGCGAGAGGCACAAAUAUUACAAUCAACUGGUAACAACGACAUUGAAGCAAAAUGUUACUCACACAGAAAUAUUACAAGCACCUGAAGAAUCGCCAAUAGACAGACUAUUCAAGAUCGACGUAGCUUCCGAACGGAGGGAUGUGGAGUACAUACUGCAGAAUCUGAAGGAUGAUGACAUGCUAUACGUGAGCCGGGCACUGAAGUCAUUAUGGCUGUUGGAGCCCCGAUACUGUGACGUCAUCAACCCUCGCUAUCUGGAGGAUGAGGUCUUUCCGCACAUGAUCCAGCCAGCCGUCAACAAGAUGAGGCACUGGCUGCACAAGAAUCUCACAGACAGCACUAGAUGUCAGCAGUUCUAUGAAUACUACAAGGAUCGCGAUAUCGCUAUCAAGUUCCUCUGGCACUGUCCUGCCGAUUACAUACUGGCUGAAAUAAAAAAUGUCGUCCAUAUAUUGAGUCCGCAAGACUUCAAGGUACUCUGCGAGAGCUGCCCGCAGGCUGCCCGAGUAUAUUAUGAAGGUCUCCAAGCGAAUAACGAUGCCCUUUUGCGCUAUAUAAAAAGCGAGGAGACUUAUUUUAAAAGCAUACAAUGUGUCCUAAAGACGGACUCUUGCUUGUAUUUAGACAUCGUUGAAAAAUACUUCAAUAUGCAAAAAUUUGGUAAGCUCAGUCCAGAAGCAACUAGAUACAUAAUAAAGAACUUCAAGGACAGAUUCGACGCUAAACCAGAGCUGUAUACGGUUUACUUUCUUCGUACGAAAACGUUGGCGAGAUUGUUAACUAGCGAAGAGGCCAAAACUCUUAUUUUAAAAUUAGCUCAAGCUGAAUAUCUAGAAAACUGGUUUACCUAUAAGAAUAUAGAACCGCUUAUAUUAAAAGUUAAUGCUAACGAACGAGCAGCAUUUAAAAAACAGAUAUUUGUCGAUAAGAAUGUUGGAGAUAAGAUAAAAGAGUGGAAAUAUCCGAUACCUAUUAAAAUAGAACCAGAAAUAAUCAGAGACCGAAAUAUUUUCAAGGAUGCUGAAGCUAAACCUAUUUGCUUCGAGCGACAAAUGCGCUUUAAAAGAAUGCUCAAAAAAAGGAAAUAUGGCAAGUGGGAUUCGAUUGUUACACAAAAAUCACCAUUAGAUCUACUAUUCGACAAAUAUCGCUUUAAAAAUUUCAACAGUGCGUUCCAUGAACUCACACAAAAGUUACCGAGUGAAGGAACGAUUGAGGGUAGAAUGAACAUAUUCCUGGUGCUCGUGAGUAAAAGUGGCGGAGUUCCGGAGCAAGUGGACAAGUUGCUGACGCUGUUGGUGACGAAGCACAUGAACGAGCCCAGCAACCUGCGAGCGGCAGUCGUCAGAUCCCUUGUGAAGCGAGCCGCCGCGUGGCGACUACCCGACCCCACCUGGGACAUGAUGAUCAACUUUGGUCAUCAUUUGGGACUGGAUGGAGGGAUAGCCGAGUUAGAAUGUAUCGAGGGUAUACAUGCAGUGGUAUUGCGACAUUUAAUUAAUGAUAUACCAUUAACGGAUGCGAUAAUAACGGCGUUUCUUAAAGACUCCUCCACCCUGAGAGAUUACAAGUUGAAUUUCAAAGAGAGAGCAGUCGUAGGUCCUAGACUUGCGAAGAUUUUUCUGGAUAGCGAACCGAAUAUGUUUUUGGAUACGCUAGAUGAAUACAAACUCGAGAUUAAGGAUAUCCUUGAUGCUGAAACCACUCUGGUUGAAAAGGCACGGACUGAUGCUGGUUUUUUACGACAAUUAUUUGACCGUAAAAUAGGAAGACGACUUCUUCUGAAGGAAACAUUUCAAUUAAUCGACAACGACGCAUCAUACAUUAAUGUUUUGAAACAUGACGCGUCUGUGCUUGAGAAUGGCGUAAAAUUUGCAUCAUUACUAAAGGAGAAGCGUCCUCAUCAUGACCGAUUUUUACGGGCUCUUGCUCUUUAUUUUAAUGAGCCUAAUGGUCUGGCUGAGCUACAUAAAACUUUAUUACUCGACGAAAUGAAGUCCAACCCCCAAUCUUGGAUUGCGCGUGCGAUCAACAUUCUCUCAACAAAUCUUUUUUUAAAUCUCAAAGUUGUAGACGAUAUAGACAAUAAAGCAGAUAAAAAACGACUAGGCGCGGCGUUUAGAGCAACUGCGCACAAAAUUAGACCAACAUUGAAUAUUGAUAGUGUUGAUUGGCAAACAUUAGGUGCUAAAGCUGUUGCCAAUAAAGUUUUUAUUUGCAGAGCGAAGGAUCAGAAAUCCUAUGUAAAUUUACUCUUGCAAUGGAGACGCACUGUAAGGAUUGCUACGCGUUUGGGUCUAAGUUCGAAAUCUUCUAAAGAAAUCUUUGUAGCUGCUAGCAAAUUGCGCCCAGCGGCUGUUUUAAAAAUGGCAGCUAAAACCUAUCUCAGACAACAAACCAUCGAUCCCCAAGUCUGGGAAGUAAUAAAAAAGCUGAUCAAGGAAUUAGUAACAGAUAAAAGGAGCAAAUACCUUUUAAAUUCAUUGAAGAAGAACAAAAAUAUCCCGGACGAUAUUAAAGCUGAAUACUGGGUAUUGCUUUAUGAAGUUUUUUCAAAAAUUAAUAAAGAAGAUGCAACGAAUAUUCUUUGUAAAGUUGAAAAUGUGUUGCCACUAGUAGAAGACCAUAUUUUAAUACGUAGUAUAAUCGACAAGUAUUUAAAUAAAGAAUUUGUUUUUGAGAACAUUGUUGCACACGAAUACGAAAAAACAGAAAUUCAUGGCCUAAAUUUGCGUAUUAUGGUAAAAUACUUGAUGAUGUGCACAUCUGAAAUUGAACAAAAAGAGAGACUUGAUAAUGUAUGUGAUGCAUUCUUCAAUAAAGCAGCUACUUUAAAUGAAACUCUAGGGGAGGAAGCCAAAAAAAAGUUAUACGGACUCCUUUAUAGAGUAAUAAGAGCAUUAAAAUAUAACAAGGCAUAUUUGGGUAACUACGCAUGCAGUUUGCCAGUAUUUCAGAGAAUAAUGGAAAACAUGAAAAAAAUACUCCCAAUGGAGCAAUAUUUGGCUCUAUACAUAGAAAUACGUAUUAUUAUGCUGUACUAUAAUUCAGUGAAAGAAUCAAUGAAAGAAAAUCCAAGUAUCUUCGAAAAAUUAGACAAGAAUAUAGAAGAUGCUAUUGAAUCGGUCGGCGUAAAGCUUGGAGAAAGAAUAGACAGUGAUAUAAAACAAUUGACCGUUGAAUACUUUUUUUCUAUCGUCGAUAUAUACAAGCAUGUACUUGUAUUAUUUUUACAUCACUUUGAAUAUGAUGAAGGACAUAAUCCCAUAGCCCUGCCAAUGAUUAAAGGUAUGUUUUGCAAAAAACGUACUGAAUCUUUGGUCCUAGUCGAGCACAUAUUCUCCAGAGGGGAAUGUCCUAUUGAUCAUAGGGACAAAACUUUAGACACCCUAAAAUCGUUUAAUAAUACGAUCAUUAAUAUGUUGAUAUAUGCUCAUUCGUAAAUUAUAUUGCUAGUCAUGUUAUUUUGAGUAAAGCUAAAUGCUUGGCAAAAAAGACUAUGGCAGUGACAGUGGAACUAAAGUUUUUAUUUAUUGGCAACAUGACAGUACUUGUAGUGUUGCCAUAUUUUUUUGUGUCAAAAAUGUAGCGUAUAAAAUUUAAA